AUUGGUACCACAGGUUCAGUACUGAUAGGACAUUCACGAUGAUCGCGUGUCUUCUUUUGACUGUUUGUUUGGGUAUUGUCGCGUCACAGUCAGUGGCUCCGGAUGUUUCGACAACGCCACGCAUGCAUUAUGAGAAACCGGAAACUGACAGCAUCACUUUCCAUUUUGAUAGCGUCACGCGUAUGUUGUUGGUGUUGUCCGGAAACAAAUGUUACAUCUGGAGCAUCACCAAUAAUGAGCACAACAAUAUCCACACGGACGAUGGGUUGAGGGCCGUUGAGCUACGAGUGUUGAAAGAGAUUGACGAUGCUUUUUUCACAGUUGUGACCCCUCAAAUCCUUUCUCCAAGCAUCAAACAACACUGUCGCUAUGCUGACCACUACUAUCUGGUGCACUAACCAUGAACGUUUAUUGAUAAUGAAUAAAUGAAGCAAGGACUUCUAUAAAUUUU